UUGCACACUGGAUGGACAAUGCCUCUGGAGUCCUCUUUGACGAUCGAUUGUACCCUCACCCGUCCAAUGCGCCCGAACACUGCGGCUCAGCCAGCAGGUGGAAGUGAUCGACCCGCUACAGGCUGACGUUGUCCAACCUUCGACUUGGAGGAUGCGGGCGGCACUCUUACACGAUCCGAAUGGGGCUAUGCGUUAUUCCCUCAACCGCAAGCCGAUUUCAAAACGAUCACGGCGCAUUGGCUCCCAAAGCACGUAUCCAUGCCAACUCAAACUCCCGGGCCGUGGCUCACUGCUCAGCUGGCAUCUCCUGCAGUCGAGGCCCACUCGGCGUUCUCGUGUAUCGCGUCGUGAUGGGAGGUAUGGGAGAUACGUACGUUCUAGGCCAUUGGCGAUUGGAUUCGUCGAGAGUGUACGUACAUGAUCCCGUUCUUCCAGCGGGCUUGUCGUGGUUAGUGCGGGUUGCGAGGAUGUCUAUUUUUUUUGCACUGCGGUGGAUACUUGGGAUGCCGGGGGUCGCUCACGUAUGCUAUGAAAUAGAAUCACAUUCUUUGGUCAGAAGUCGACGGGUGUGCUGCGGACCGGGCGAUGUGGUGUGUACGCUUGGUUCAGUGAGACAGGAUCAUAGCUGCGGCUAGACACCUGCCUCCUCCAUCGGUCCUGAUGAGUUGCUUGGUGUCGGGCCCAUAUGGGAGAGAAGACAUUCGUAAGUGUGGGCUGUACAGGGCUUGACUGGAUUCCGAAGUGCUCGUGGCAC